UACCUCCUCUCGCAAAUGUUUUUCCUGCGGGCAACUGUUGCCCGGUAACGAGGGCGUGCCCACCGGCGGCGAUUUAAACAGGGAUGCCCGUCUCACGCGCCCGACAGCUCACUCUCGCUCAGGCUGCCGGGCUCGCGUGGCAACGGGACAGGGAAUCCCCGCGUGUAGCCUCCUGAUCAGUAGGCAUCAAGCAAGCGCCUCCUCCUUUCUUCUCCACCGGCUCCUCCACCUCCUUGUUCCUUCACCUCCUGUUCCUCCGGCUCCUCAACCUUCGGCUCUUCCAUCUCCGGUUCCUCCAACCUUCUGUUCCAGCACCUCCGGCUCCGACUCCUCCACCUCCGGACUCGUCCGUCUGCGACAGCAUGGCUCGGACCACAAUAUAAGUCACAACGCGGACCAUAAACUUAUUCCGGGGGGUGGGGGGGUGGGGGGGGGAGGACGGCGCCAACAAAAUCCGAGCGCAGAAAUCAUUUCGCCUCACACCGACGAACACAUUAGAUGAUAACGACAUCACCGGGGAAAUUGUCAUUGAUGAGGCAACCACCAAAUGACUUCGAGAUGGCAUUAAGUGGGACGCUUCUGCCAUCCAUAUCCACAUUUGCCAGCGGCACGACUGUCAAGAAUAAAAUCAUAGGACCUGCCAAUUUAAGAUGGAAGGAGGAGUUGUCCCAUCUUAAGAGACCCAGCGUGCUAAUUGGAAGCAGUUGUUCUGACUUAGAACAUCCUGAUACCAACACCACCACCACAAGUCCCAACAUGGCCAAAAAAGACCCCGAACCAGACCUUGACUUACUGGACUAUGACUUCAUUCUGUCCAACUCCAUGCUCCAACAGCAGCAGCAACAACAGGAGGCUAUGGCGAGCAGUUCAGCGCGGGCCCUGUCUCCCUCACCCGGUUCUUACUCAUCAUCCUACCCUCUCCCUUCUCCACAGGGCACCACUAGCGAACUCCUCUACACCAUCCCUGACAUUAGUGAUGUUUCCCCCUCUGGAGGUUUUGUGGCAGAGCUCAUGAGGCCUGAACUGGACCCAGCAUACCUCCACCCCGCUAGCCUUCAUGGGAAGUUUUUGGUCAAGACCACUAUGGACAUGGGAGAGUACACCCAAGGGGUGAGCGUGAGCAAAGCCUGCGUUAAUAAUUCCCCAGAGUCCUCUGUGUCUUCUUCCACCCCAACUUCGUUUGCAUGCCACAGGAUAAAGCAGGAAAACCCCAGUAAUUGCACCAUCUCACAACCCAUGGACCUCCAUCUGCCUGGGGUGAACUCUCAGAGUCGAGGCCAGCAGCGGACCAGUCAUCUAGAGCAACAUGGGUUCCCUGGUGGAGGACGUUCCAUGGCAGGUGGCCGACUAACCUCAUCUUCCUCCCUGUCCCCGGACCACAAUCUGGGUCGAGAGCACCAGGUGCUGGGCCAUCCCCACUCCCAAAUCUCUCUACCUCCCCAGGGCUUCUCUCAUAGCUCUCCGCAAGGCUACUCUCCUUUCGCUCAGCCCUCCAUGCAGUUCCAAGAGUCCCUCAUGAUCUCCGGCGGGGACUGUUUGCCGGAGGAACCAAAGCCCAAACGCGGUAGGCGCUCCUGGCCUAGGAAGAGGAUCGCCACGCACAUAUGUGACUAUGUUGGCUGUGGGAAAACCUACACCAAGAGCUCCCACCUAAAAGCACACCACCGUACACACACAGGAGAGAAGCCCUACCACUGCGACUGGGAGGGCUGUGGCUGGAAAUUUGCCCGUUCAGAUGAGCUCACACGCCACUACAGGAAACACACAGGCCACCGGCCCUUCCAGUGUCAAAAAUGUGACCGGGCCUUUUCAAGGUCAGACCAUCUGGCUCUUCACAUGAAGAGACACUUAUGAGAUUGGAAUAGAGAAUGGACGAGGACUGGGGCCGUGGAUGUAGACUAAAGCCAAAACAGCCAUAAAAAGAAUGAUAUCAAAACUCUCGACAGACAUGUGACUUGCAUAUUUCAAAACCACAUUUUGCCUUCAAGCUGUUGACAAGCAUCAAGACAAGCUGUGUUGUUCACAGCAAAAAGAACCUUACUCCAUAAAGAGCCUAGAAUAUUUCUUAAAGACUUAUCCUGUCCUCCGACGUUGGGCAAGUUAUGUGACGAGACCUCUCAGUCAGGGCAGUAAACUCUUCUUUAGGGACCAAACUGGAAUUUGUCCUGUUUAACUGACAAAACUUGGGGGACCAAGUGCCAACAACCUAUGACUCAAAAUGUAGUAUUUUCAGGAAAACCAGGAACAACAACAUACAAACAUCUCUAAGAGGCCUUCUACUUGCAUCAUUCUAUUAGCCUCAUCAACAACACACUGUUCAACAUUCAUACUGUAUUAAAACUAUAGACAAAUAAAACCUGUAAUGCCAUGAAUUAAUUUCAGGUACAAUUUUAAUUUAUAUAUGUUACAGGAUGGUGCUCGGCAACUCUGAAUUAGGGUUGUAUGUAGAAAUGGUACCAAAGAUUAAGGAAAAAUGUAAAAUUGCUUCUUAAAAACAUGAAAAGUGCCAAAUGAUUGUUUGUGUGUUUCUUGGAGACCUCCUCUUCCACAAUCUGACUUAAAUCAGGUAACACUUUACUUCUCAAUGGUGAUGGCAAUCGUCAAUGCACUGCAGCUGCAAAGUGCAAUAAUUUAUGUAAGACAUUCAUAGUUUUGUAUCAAAUGAGUAACUCUGAACAAAGAUUUGUUUAUAGCCAAUAUAUGUAAUAUAAUCAUGAAUUUUGUACAUUUGUAAAUAAAAAAAAUCUUUUCCUAA